UUUUUUUCACCACAGUAACGAUGGUCCCUUCUCUACAAACACUGAAUCUGAAUUCAGCUAACACAUCUCACCUGGACCGAGUCUGCACAACCUGGGGCCACUUUCACUUCAAGAGCUUUGAUGGCCAUUUCUUCCAGCUGGCCUCCACCUGUAACCAUGUGCUGGUCUCACACUGUAAGGGAAGCUAUGAGAGCUUCAUCAUCCAGAUGAGGCGUGGCCUGGUCGACAACAUCCCCACCAUCAGCAGCAUCUCCAUGAAGCUGGAUGGUUCGGUGGUGGAGCUCUCUAACAGCUCGGUGAUAUUCAACGGCCAGAUGGUGUCUCUGCCACUCGUUGCAUUUGGAGUGACCAUCAAAAGGACCACCUCAAGCAUCUUUGUUGAAGCUAACCUUGGGAUUAAGGCUAUUUGGAACCUGGAUGACUCCUUAGAUAUCGAACUGGACAACAAAUAUCAGAACCAGACAUGCGGACUGUGUGGCAACUUUGAUGGGAUGUCUAAUGAUUUUAUGAAAGAUGGGGCUGUCUUGUCUGUGGUUGACUACGCUGAGACCUACAAGGUGAACGGGCCCACAGAGACCUGUGUGGAGCCUGACAUCAGCCCUGUCCUGAGCUGUGGGGAUAAGCUGCUCUGUGAGGAGAUCUUCUCCAGGGAUCCAUUCAGCAGCUGCCAGAACCUUCUCGAUGUUGAAUCAUUUACUAAAGCAUGUGUGGAAGACAUGUGCAACUCAGAAGAAAGCACAGACUCCAUCCUCUGCAAAACCAUCUCAGAGUUCUCCAGACAAUGUGUCCAUGCAGGAGGAAGCCCCCAGCCGUGGAGGAAUCAAACCUUUUGCUACAAGCAAUGUCCGUUCAACAUGGAGUUUCUGGAAUGUAGCAGCCCGUGCCAGGACUCCUGCUCCAACCCACAGGCCAGCCAGACCUGCGACCGUCACUGCCACGAUGGCUGCAGCUGUCCUGCGGGAAUGGUGUUUGAUGACAUUGGUAACACCGGAUGCGUCACAGCUGAUCAGUGCCCAUGUCUUCACGGAACCCAGAUCUAUCAUUCAGGAGAGUCCUACUCGUUCAGCUGUAAAUCCUGUGUUUGUGAGCGGGGCCACUGGAUAUGCACGGAGGAAAACUGCUCAGGGACCUGUUCAGUGGAGGGAGGAGCUCACGUCACUACCUUCGAUGGAAAAGUCUACACCUUCCAUGGAGAUUGCUCCUAUGUUCUGGCUAAACAGAGUGAUGGCUCUUUGUACACCGUGUUGGUGGACCUGGUCAAAUGUGGCCUGACGGACAGCAGGACUUGUCUCAGAGCGGUCACGCUGGCCCUGGGCAGCAAUGCCGUGGUCAUCAAAAUUCAAGCAUCUGGUCAAGUCUACGUCAACAACAUUCUUUCUCAGCUUCCAUUGUUUACAUCUGAGCUGAGCGCCUUUCAGCCGUCCUCCUUCUAUGUCGUAAUCAGCACCAAAGUGGGCAUCCAAGUGAUGGUCCAGCUCUCCCCUGUGAUGCAAGUGUUCGUUUCUGCUGACGUGUCUCUCAAAGGAGCCACCUCAGGAUUGUGUGGCAACUUCAACAACAUAAUGAGUGACGACUUCCGGGUGAUCAGUGGCCUUGUGGAGGGAACUGCUGCAGCAUUUGGCAACACCUGGAAAACUAGAAUCAGCUGUCCUGACGUUGUGCCACGCUUUGGACAUCCCUGCAGCCAGGACAUCAGCAGAGAGGACUAUGCACAGUUCUGGUGUUCCAAACUGACAGAUCCCCUGGGAGUGUUUGCUCCUUGCCACUCUGUCGUCAGCCCCAGCUCAUACAAAGAUAACUGCAUGUAUGACAGCUGCAACUGUGAAAAAAGUGAGGACUGUAUGUGCGCUGCCGUCUCCUCGUACGUCUACGCCUGCUCAGCAGCAGGAGUCCACAUCAGGGCCUGGAGGGAAACCGUCUGCGGAAAGUUUAGCGAAUCAUGCCCGACAGAGAUGGUUUAUGAGUACAACAUGACAUCUUGUGGCCGUACGUGCCGCUCCCUCAGCCAGGCCGAUUACUCCUGCCAGGUAGACCUAGCCGCUGUGGAUGGCUGCGGCUGUGCUGAGGGAACCUACAUGAACGAAGAUAGACAGUGUGUGUCCAGUGCAAGCUGCCCCUGCUAUGACAAGGACAUCUUUAUUCCUGCUGGACAGGCUAUCAUCAAAGACGGAAUAACAUGUGUCUGCAGACAUGGAGUCCUCAGCUGCCUGGGAGGAUCCCAAAUACAAACCGCCAAAACCUGCAUUGCCCCCGAGGUUUAUUUCGAUUGCUCCACGGCGAAGCCCGGGACAACUGGGGCUGAGUGCCAGAGGAGCUGCAGCACGGUGGACAUGCCUUGUAUCAGUACAGGUUGUGCAUCCGGCUGCAUGUGCCCAGACGGCCUGCUAUCAGACGGAGCAGGUGGCUGCAUCAAUGAGAUGAGCUGUCCGUGUGUUCACAACGGGCAGAUCUACCAGCCGGGACAGACUCUGACAGUGGACUGCAACACCUGUUCUUGCAGUGGAAGAAACUUCACUUGUACCAACAACGUGUGCAAUGCAGUUUGUGGGAUCUAUGGAGACGGUCAUUACAUUACAUUUGAUGACAAAAGGUUUGACUUCAGUGGAGAAUGCGAAUACACCCUCCUGCAGGAUUAUUGCAGCCCUGGUCAGGGGAAUGGGAGCUUCAGUAUUAUCACUGAGAAUGUUCCAUGUGGAACCACAGGAACCACCUGUUCCAAGACCAUCAAGAUCUUUCUGGAGGAUAAUGAAUUCCAUCUUAAAGAUGACAGUUUCCACGUGAUAAAAGGCAACACCAAGGUGCUCCCUGCUUCAGUACAAAAAAUGGGUAUUUACCUGGUGGUGACUGUCCAGUCAGGGCUUGUAGUCAUGUGGGACCAGAAGACCAGCCUUUUCAUUUCCCUCAGCCCACAGUUCCAGGGUCAAGUCUGUGGUCUCUGUGGGAACUACGAUGGCAACAGUAAAAAUGAUUUCACCACACGUUCUCAAGAGACAGUGACAGAUGUUUUAGAGUUUGGGAACAGCUGGAAAGUGUCAUCUAGCUGCUCCAAUGCCCAGCUUGUCAGUGAUCCAUGUGCCUCCAACCGCUACCGGGCAGCUUGGUCUCAGAAGCAGUGCAGCAUCAUAACCAGUACCACCUUCCAGAGCUGCCAUGCAAAGGUUGAUCCUGGUCCAUACUAUGAUUCUUGCGUGAGAGACUCUUGCGCUUGUGACACUGGCGGUGACUGUGAGUGUUUUUGCACUGCCGUGGCCGCCUAUGCCAAAGCUUGCAACUCGGCUGGGGCCUGCAUCAGGUGGAGAUCUCCAAAACUGUGCCCUAUUUUCUGUGACUACUAUAACUCACCCGGUGGCUGUGAAUGGCAUUACAAGCCCUGUGGAGCUGACUGUAUGAAGACAUGUAGAAAUCCAUCAGGAAACUGUUCCAAGCUCGUCAGCAAUCUGGAAGGGUGCUAUCCACAGUGCCCUCAGACCAAGCCAUUUUUUGAUGAUGGCACAAUGAAAUGUGUUGCAUGGGACCAGUGUGGAUGCUAUGAUGACAGAGGCACCCAUUACAGCGUUGGAGAGCAGGUUCCAUCCAGCAACUGUUACACUUGCUCCUGUACAUUAUCUGGGAUAAUAUGUACCUACAGUGUUAAUUUCUGUACCUGCACAAUAAAUGGAAAAAUUUACAACUAUGGUGCCACCAUCUACAACACUUCGGAUGGUCUGGGAAACUGCAUGACAGCUGAGUGUGCAGCCAAUGGGACAGUAUCAAGAAAAAUCUCCCAAUGCAUUAGUACCACAACUGCUGGGCCUUCCACAUCUCCAUUUACAUUUAGCACAGCUCUGACACCUACAACAGACUUCCACGUUGAUCAUCACAUCCAGUACAAAGGGAACAACAAGUAA